CUCAGAAGGGUGUGCCUGGAAUGUACCCGUGCUCUGAUUGUCUUGCCACCAGAUUCGGAGUCAAGCCUGAAGGAUCAGUUGAUCACUAGUGCUGGUGCGCUCAUUGCCUACAUAGUGCCUUUCGAGUCCCCCACAGACAUCUUGAAUUUUGCAGAUGGAUAAGGAACUGGGUGAUCGGAACCAUCACUUCAGUGAACAUGAUUUGGAUGCGAUCACCAACAAGAUCAGUGACCUGGGCAAAUGGAGAGAAAUCUUCAGUCAACAAGGAUUACAGUUCAAAGACACUGUGGUAAAGAAGUAUCCAGACAGCCGUAAGGUUGAGGAUGAGAGUAAAGAUGGAGCAGGAACACCUCAGUCCAGAAGCAUCACAUCUCGUAGUCACUUCACCACCUUCAGUGUCCCAUAUUGUGUCCCAAAAGCGUUUGUUGUAUCUUCGAACUUAGGCGGCCUGCCCAUCACACUGGAGACAGCAGUGGCACUACGGAAGAUUCUGUUUGGAACAGCAUUUCAAGUUUUCAGUUAUGAAUGGAAGAAAUCCCACUUUAAAUUCCGAGAUCCCUAUUCAGAUCUGGCAUAUGCCCUGGAGGCAGAGAGGGGCGGCAUCAGGUCUAUUCAGAUGGCUGUGCAAGCACAUAUUCUCAAGUACUUGCUGUUCACCAGAAACAGUGAAUUGGAAAGCCAGAAUAUUAAAUGCCUGCUUGGAGUGAACCAUAAAGGACAAGAAAGUGCACUGGCAACUGCACUCUCUGACAUUCUGUGGACUGCAGGGGAAGGAGCCGGGAGCUUUGUUUGUUUGGUGACCACUGACUGCUAUUUUGCCCCAACAAUCGACUACAAAAUGGACAGCUACACGGAGAGACUCCAGCUCUUCCAGUUCACUGACAGGGAAAAGCUGCAAAAUUUUAUUGCUGAACAUAUAUGCUGUUUUACAGGUGAAGGGAGUCAUGCAGUCAUUCUGUUCAUCUACAGUUUACUCUUGUCAAGGACCCUGGAAAGGCUCUAUACUGAUAUGGACAAUACAACCUCUCACCUCUUGCAGCUGAGUCUGGGAAAUUUCAUCUGCACACAAGCCCUCAUAAACCUAAUGCUCACUGGGAGAGCUAGUCCGAAUGUUUUCAAUGGAGACCUUCAAUAUGAUAACCAAGGUGUCCUGCUUAAAGAACCAAAGCAUGGAGUCCUUGCCCGAAGUGAUGUGGGGUAUCUCUACUGGAACAGACAUGAGCUAGAACAUGAGAGGCUCCCACAGGUUGGAAGUAUGUUGAAAACUCCCAAGCUCCCGAUAUGGCUAUGCAACAUCAAUGACACUUUCAGUGUGCUGUUCAACACCAAUCGGCUCCUCUUGUCUGACUGGAGGAUGGAGCAUCUCUUCGAUCUGUAUUUUUACAGUGGCCAGCCAUCACAGACAAAGACCGUCACCCUAACAAUUGAUACUCACUCUCAUCACUGGGAGGAUGGGAUGCAUGAGGAGGAAGGAGAUCCUGAGAAAAGGUUCCCCUCGGUAGAAAUGACCAUUCGCACCAAGUGGGAAGGAGCUGUUAUUGACUGGAAUGGAACUGUACCCUUUUUCUGAAAGAUCCCAGCAAGGGAUUCACAGGAGACUGUUAAACAAUGAUAGAUGACUGACCAAUUCUGUUGUAUUGGGAAAUUGAAGGCUGACAGCACAAGUCUAUUAUUGUCCAUUUACCCCUAGUUCCUUGGUACUGCACAGGCAGAGUCCCGACAGUGUUCAGUCAUAUAUUUUGUAUCGUUACUUGAGCAAUUCCAAAGUUAUUCAUGUUCUCUCAAGCUGUUCUUAUUGAAGCAUAAAUAGAGAGCUCUCUUUAGGUGCUCUUGUGAUGUGGUGAUAGUAACCUUGCCUCUAAGUCAGGAGGCUUGGGUUCAUGUGCCACCUACUCCAGAGGUGUGUCAUUACAUGUCUGGGAUGGGUUGAUUAGAAAUAGCUAAGUUGAGAACUUUCUGUGUUGCUGCUAACCCAAUAACUAAUCUGUUCUGAUGACUUGAACAAAUAGGCUAUAUUUAAGGCACAGAGCAUCUAAAUGCAUCUGCCAUUAGCUAGACUUGCCUUGCACCCUUCAGCUCAAACAGAAACUCCCCCAUCAAUAAGUUGAAUUUGUGCAGAGAGAAAGGCACAACAAAGACAACCUGAUAAAAUAACCAUGAGGGUAUAGACUCAUAGAGAUGUACAGCACAGAAACAGACCCUUCGGUCCAUCUCAUCCACGCCAACCAG